ACGUGCGCCGGUAAACGAGCUCCUCCCGGUGCAGCCAUGAUGAUCAAAACAGGCUUAGUUUUGGUUUCACGGCGAUAAAAGCUGCAGAAUUCGUCGUGACUCCGUUAUAACAGGCGCCCGUGGGUAAUAACCGCGUAAUGCGCGUUGAUAUAAUGCUUGUAACCCUGAACGAAUCCUGAACAGCUCAUGGAUCUGUCUCUUGUACAUAAAGCCGUGAGGAGGUCAUGAGGCGCUUCGAGAUGUCCUGAGAUGGACAGAGAGAUGUUUCACAGCUGCUGCAGUCUGGUGAAGAUGCCCAGCAGGCGCUCCUGGCUGCAGUACCAGCCCUCUCACUUCGUGGACUACAUGGAAAGAGCCACAGCCUACAGCAAGUUCUUCAGAAACUACCUGCUCCCAAACCAGCCCUGCAUGUUCUCCAAGAAGUUCACAGAGGACUGGAACUGCAGGAAGCACUGGGUCACCGAGGAGGGGAAACCUAAUUUCCAGAGGCUUCUGCAGGAGUUUGAUGACACGCCUGUGCCAGUGGCCAACUGCAACGCUAAAGAAUACAAUGCCAACCCCAAACAAAUAAUGCCAUUCAAAGAGUUCAUCCAGUACUGGAGGGAAUAUAUCCAGAAUGGCCACUCCUCGCCCAAAGGGUGCCUGUACCUGAAGGACUGGCACAUGCAGAGGAUGUUUCCAGAGCACAACGCCUACAAGACUCCGGUCUACUUCUCCUCUGACUGGCUGAAUGAGUACUGGGACACCAUCGAAGUGGACGACUAUCGCUUUGUCUAUAUGGGGCCCAAAGGUUCCUGGACGCCCUUCCAUGCUGACGUUUUCCGCUCCUACAGCUGGUCCGCCAACAUCUGCGGCCGUAAGAAGUGGCUCCUGUACCCUCCGGGCCAGGAGGAGUUCCUGAGGGACUGCCAUGGCAACCUGGCAUAUGACGUCACGGCGACGGUGCUCAAGGACAAAGGCCAGUUCCCGCACUUCGAGGAGGCCUGCCAGCCUCUGGAGAUCAUCCAGGAGGCCGGAGAGAUCAUCUUCGUGCCGAGCGGGUGGCAUCAUCAGGUCUACAAUUUGGAGGACACGAUCUCCAUCAACCACAACUGGCUGAAUGGCUGUAAUCUGGACAUCAUGUGGCAGUUCCUGCAGGAGGAACUCUCUUCUGUUCAGAAGGAGAUAGAAGAGUGGAGGGACACUAUGGACACUUGGCACCAGCACUGUCAGGUGAUCAUGAAGUCGUGUACGGGCAUCGAUUAUGUGGAAUUCGCCUCCUUUCUGAAGACCAUCGCCAAUAACCGGAUCUCCUUCCUCACCUCUUGUCCUGGGAGUGGAAGUGCCUCCAGCUGUCAGAGCUGUCUGUCUGAAACUCUGAGCGCAUUAGGUCCCCACCACUCUGCCUUCGACCUGCAGAGGGUCGUCCACGUCUUGGAGAACAUGCUCAGCAAUGAAGACUUUAAGAGACUCGAGCCGUCAGCGCUGAGCUUCAAACCAGACGACCUUCUGCAGGAGAUCAGAGAGGCUGUCCACACCAUUGUUUAAAACACAGUUCUUUUACCAGAAACAUCAAUCAAAAACUCCUGUGCACUGGACUGCCAGCUUAUUGUGUCUGCAUAUGUCGUACCCACACUGACUGGCCUUUUUAUCAGAAACAGCGACCUACAAAGUGCACCUCUAUGAUAUUUGUCUCUGAUAAAAUGGCUAAUUAGCUGCAGUGGACAUACAAAGUGAACGCUCAGGGCUGACUUCCCAAUCCUGGACUACAUUUUCCUUUCAACUGAGAAUCUCCAUUCAGAAUGUUGUGUAGUCCAGGACUAGGCUUACAGGGGAAUUCUGCCACUCUAAUCCUCAGUUUUCCCAACAUUUCUGCAUAAUUAAAUGGAUGUAAACAGAGUCAUCCAGAGCGGCUUGGUGUGAAACGCUCUGUUCUAGAAAACUUACAGAGUCAGAACUGUUCACAUUGGUGGUGAUGGGAACCAGACG